GCUGUCUUUUAUGUAGCUGGUUUUAAGAAGUUUUCCAUUGUUUCUUUUAUAUUAUAUUAAUUUAAUGUUUAGGAAAAAAAGAUCGUGUUCUGGCUCCGAUUGGGAUCGACGUGUUAUAGUUGCAAGAGCGAGUUAUGCAUUUUAUUUUGAAAUUUUUAACCGGAAGCAAAAGUCAUUUUUCUUGCGCUACCUUGAAAAUAAAGUGGAGGCUGGUGGAAAGCGCUUCUUAAGACGUACAUUUUUUUUACAACAUGACUCUGUUUACGUGGGGCAGCUAGGAGUCUAAAUGUCCACGUGAGACUCCCCGGAGAUCAGGCUGUUGGUUAGGCGACACGCUGCGGAUGAUACAUUGCAGCUAGCCUAAAGCUGCUAUAGUUAGCUAGCUCCUACUCGCCAGGUUUGACUUUCUUGUGCUUUCCAGGCUGAUAGCGCAGUGAGUAAUGUGGAAAGUAACGUUAAAAGCGUUCGGCGUUUUGCUGUUGGCAUGGUUGUUGGGAAACUUUGUUCUGGGCUGGUUUCAGCAAAACACCAAACCCCAAACGCAGCACAGCGAGCAGCAUCCGAGCAGAACCUCGGAGAGCCAGGACCAGAGCUGCUUCUGCCAUCUCACAGGUGUCCUGGACGACUGCUUCUGUGACGUCGAAAGCAUCGACAUUUUCAACAACUUCAAGAUCUACCCUCGCAUCAGGAAGCUGACAGAGAGAGACUACUUCAGAUACUACAGGGUGAACCUGAAGCGACCGUGUCCCUUCUGGCCUGAUGACGGACACUGCUCCAUCAAAGACUGCCACGUGGAGCCCUGCCCAGAGAGCAAGGUUCCUGUUGGCAUCAAGUCUGGGAACUACAACAAGUACUCGCAGGCGGCCAAUACGAUGUCGGACGUGGUGGAGUGCGAGCAGGCCAAGGAGCUGGGUGCCAUCAACAGCACCCUGAGUAACCAGAGUAAGGAGGCGUUCGCUGACUGGGCGAGACACGACGACGCUCAGGAUCACUUCUGUGAGCUGGACGAUGAGACGUCUCCAGAUGCCGAGUAUGUGGAUCUGCUCCUGAAUCCGGAGCGAUACACCGGAUAUAAGGGUCCUUCAGCCUGGAGAGUCUGGAACAGCAUCUACGAGGAGAACUGCUUCAAGCCCAGGUCGGUGUACCGACCUCUGAACCCUCUGGCUCCCAGCAGAGGAGACGAUGAUGGGGAAGGUUUCUACACCUGGCUUGAAGGUUUAUGUUUGGAGAAGAGAGUUUUCUACCGACUCAUCUCAGGCCUCCACAGCAGCAUCAACAUCCACCUGUGUGCCGAGUACCUGCUGGACGAGGGCUGGGGACGCUCAGUGUGGGGUCCAAACAUCCAGGAGUUUCGUCAGCGUUUUGACAUGGCAGAGACAAAGGGGGAGGGCACGCGACGCCUGAAAAACCUCUACUUCCUGUACCUGAUCGAGCUUCGGGCGCUCUACAAGGUGGCUCCGUACUUUGAACGAGCCAUCGUCAACCUAUACACGGGAAAUGCUCAGGAGGACGGAGAGACCAAAGACCUGCUGCUGCAGAUCUUCAAUGAGAUCAAAGCCUUCCCCAUGCACUUUGAUGAGAAGUCCAUGUUUGCUGGACACAAACUGGAAGCCAAAACAUUAAAGGAGGAGUUUCGUCUCCAUUUCAAGAACAUCUCCAGGAUCAUGGACUGUGUGGGCUGCAGUAAAUGUCGCCUCUGGGGGAAACUGCAGACUCAGGGUCUCGGUACUGCUCUGAAGAUCCUCUUCUCUGAGAAGGAGAUCAAGAACCUUCCUGAACACAGCCCAUCCAAAGGCUUCCAGCUUACUCGUCAGGAGAUCGUGGCCUUGAUGAACGGCUUCGGCAGGUUAUCCACCAGCAUAUAUCAGCUCCAUCACUUCCGUCAGCUGUUGAAGGAGAAAAGGUAACAGGAGGCGAUGCUCCACCUGGACAGCAGGCAUCACCGUCCCACACUGCAACAGUCUACCUGCUCUCAGAAGAAGGCCUCCUGCAUGGACCUGACGACCAGCAGUGACCCCUGUUUUUGUCCCAUGAACCACCCCUCUAUAAGCCCCUCCCCCCCGUCACACAUCAUGAAUGUUAAUUCUUCAGCCUCCUCUCGCCUUCAUCAGAAAAUAUUUGGAACAUUUAAACCGACACGUUUUUCUCUACUCUUGAAACGUGUCCUAGAAUUAUUUUUGAAAAGAAAAAAGCAGCAGAUGUUGAUGUAGGACAACAGGAACAGAGCGAGGCCUCAGCGACCAGAGGCCCGCCGCAGCAGGAGACUCUGUGGUUUACAGCUGCUGGGGACACCCACCCUCUGCUGACCUCACAUCCUGUUGUAUUUUAUACUGACACCUGAUCUCCUGUAGAAGAAGGAAGGACGGGCGCCAAGCCUGUCAGCGCACAGCUGCCUGUGUUUGUGUUUGUCUUUACUUUUUACUGUUGUUGCUCCAAGUCUGCUCGUGUCUGCCACCUCAGGCCUAACUCAUGUCAGCUCACUGUGUGUGUGUGUGUGUGUGUGUGUGUGUGUGUGUGUGCGUGCGAUGGUGAGAGCUCACAGACCAUCUUUUGCUUUGUUUUCUCUCACGUCCAGCCUCACUGCAUCAAACCAAUGAUGGACACAGUCAGUGUGUCCCUGACUUCUUUGAUUAUCGGCCCUCAGAACACCAGGCUUCAGUCCUUACAGGCACAAGUAAAAUGACUAACUCGGCCCUCAUAGGAGUUCAUAUUUGUUUGUUUUAACAGUAACAAAUGUUGAUGUAAUCAUUUGUUUUUAAAAUAAUGAAUCGCUCAUCAGUUUGAUGAGGAACUGAUGCAAACAAGCUUUAGAGUCAGCAUGAAGCCAGCUGAAGUUUGGAGGGUUGCCCACAUUGGUGAGCAUGUGUAGGACAGACACGCCUCGGUCAUACUUCACUGGAUGUGCACGCCGCUAGCGACUGCUGCCAGGACUUCAAACGUCUCACCAACUGUCACAGAAAUCAGAGACUUGCACCUUCAUCGUGUGUGUGCGUGUGUGUUCCUGUCUAGCUAUCUUUGUGAGGACCGAAAUCUGCAUUCUACUAUACUUGUGAGAACCAACAGUCACUUGUGAGGACACACACACCGGUCCUCACAAAUUUGAAGGCAUUUAAAGCCAUUUUUGAGGCUCAAAAUGUGGUUUUAGUGUCAGGGUUGCAGUUAGGUUAUGGUUAGGUUUAGGGUAAGGGAAACCAUUAUGUCAAUGAGGAUCCUCACUAAGAUAGCUGAACGGGGUUGUGUGUGUGUGUGUGUGUGUGUGUGUGUGUGUUGGCCAGUACAGUGAAGCUGAUGGGACUGCUGUCUCCUGCUGUGUGGGUGGGUGAGCCGUGCUGCUAAGGCUCCACUUAGCUUGCUUUGCUGCUGUUUGGCUCCAGGUCUGUUGGCUUAAAGACACAUUUGUUUAAAAAGAGUUAGAAAUGAGUUGUUGCUUCAGUAUUUUAUUUCACACUGUAAACUGGAUUUAUUCACACAGAAAUCAGAUGUCUUUUCAUACGAAUGAAGCUGAGGUGGGAUGACAGGCACAGGUUCAGGGGUGCUGUGCAUGAUUAACAGCUGUAAUCAUAUAGAUCCAUACAUGUUAAUAGAACACAAAUAAACCGCCAUGUCAGCCCCACAGUGAUUAAAAAAGAUCCACCUCCUCAAACCAAUCGGGCUAACGUCUUUUUCAGACCAACUCUUUUGUUUGCUCAGCAGUUAAAGCAGCAGGUGGACCAAAGAAUUCUGUGUUGCCUUUAUUUGAAAUUUUGUCCUUUUAUCCUUCUUUAAUGCUCUUUGUUUUCUUUGUAAAAUAGAAGUAAAAAUAGGAAUGUCAUCCAGCUGCAGCUGUACGAGUGUGUGUGUGUGCAGAGGCCUGGGCAUGCCAACUGAAUAUGGAAAAAAUGAAGAUUUUUAACACAGUUUUUCAAACAAGCAAGAGCAGGUUGUUCAGCUGUUUGUGAUGCUUGGUGAAGGUCACUGCUGUUAAACUGGGUUUUCAUUGUUAGCUGAGUAAGUAAUGCCACCAUGAUGGACCAGAAAAUUUUUUUUCAAAAGACCUUAAAGAUCAUUUUAAGAAUUCACAUUAUUUGAAAGCACAGGUCUAUAAGGUGUGCCACCUAAUCAUAAUCAUCAUAAGUUUUUAUUCUAAUGCUAAACAAAAAUAACAUUUGCAGCUUUCAACAACCGAAACCUAAAACUAAGAAAUCAGUUUGGUUUUUACAUUUUUAUGUAUUUCUUGGUUUUUGUUGUUGAGCUGGGAAGAUGAAAGGUUAAUGAUGCUGAUAUGAGAGGGUCACGGGAGCUGCCGCGGGGCGAGAGGCGGCGUACACGCUGCACAGGUGGUCGGUCUGUAGCGAGGCUGACGCAUUCACACCCGUAAAAUGUCAGAAUAGCUCGAAGCUUUGAGAAUCAAAGGUUUCAGAUCCAGAAUCCAGAUGUUGUGAUCAUCAACCAAUAACCAAUCAGUUAUUGAUGCGUUAUUAUUGGUUACUCUCAAGCCAAUAAGACAACAGAUGAGGUGUGUGCUGUGUACUGGUCAGACAUGCUGUGAUACCUGAGUUUCAGAGCACACACCUCCCACUGUGGCAGUGAGUUAGCCCACUGAUGGCCAGUGACGGCUGACUGGUUAUUUGAGAGUAGAUAUAAAGUUACCCGACAUUAGUUUCAGUUUGUGGCUCAGCCUCCAUCAGAGACGUGCAGGGAGACGUUAUCUCUGUGUGUGUGAGAGAGACGUGCUUGCCUUUCUCUGAGCCUCGCUUGCCCAGCAGCAGUCUUGUACAGUCCACUCACCAGCCUUAAAAACCAAACCAGUUCAGAAGUUUGACACAAAAGGGUCAAAAAGGGUGUACCUGUGAACUUUAUUUAUUUGACAAGAGGAAUAAAUAUUGCUGAACCUAAA